AUGGCAAAACAAGGAAAAAUAGCAGCCAAACACAUUACUCAAAUAUCAUCAUUGAAGGCAUCAAACCUCAAGCUUACCCAAGGUUUGGAAGAAGCCCUUGAAAAGGUUAAUCAGUCUAAGGAACAAAUUGAAGAACUUUACAACACUAUGGAAAUCAGUAAGGUUUCCCAUGAACAUGAAAAAAUAAAACUCCAAGAAACGAUUGCUCAGCAGACCAAACUUAUUGAUUUUCUUCAAGCAAAAGUUGAGGGUUUGGAAAAGAAGAAAAAACGUUUCUUUGGCAACAAAAGCAGAGAAACAGGAUCAUCAACAAUUCCCCUACAGUGGCGUGAAUUGGAAGGUAUGCUUGAGAGAGAGAGGACAAAAUGUAGAAGAUUACAAGAACAGCUUGAUAAGUCUCGAGCAGAAGUCAUGGCCUGUAAAACAGAUAUUGGACAUAUUUCAAAGAUUCACGGUGACCUUGAAAAUACUAGCCACUUAUCAGUUAUUCCAACAUCACCGAAGUCACGUGCAGUACUCUCUGCAUUGGCACUUUCUCCCGGUGUUAACAUCAACAACAGUACUGACAGUCCAGCCACCUUCAUUACGAAGGAAACAGCAUCUGUAUAUCGCAAGCCACAAGGGCAACGUAUGCAUCACAACAUACCUCAUAGAUUUCAAGAGGUUCUAACUAUGCGAGGAACUAAAUGUGCUGCAUGUCUAGACUCCAUUCACUUUGGUCGAAUUGCAAGCAGGUGUUUAGAAUGUGAGGUGACUUGUCACAUCAAAUGUUCUACAUCCCUUCCUAGCACUUGCUGUCUACCAUCAGGAUAUGUCCAGCACUUCACUGACACUCUAAAAAAGAAAAAUAGCAAUAAAUCUCAACAUCGACCAUCUCUGAAGGUCACGUUUGCUGACAAUAGUAGUGAAAUGACUGCAGAUGUUACCCAGGGCUGGGUUAAGCUUCCAAGAAGUGGUAAACAAGGUUGGGAAAAACAUUACCUUCGAUUAGAGAAUAGAACUCUCUUCAUUCUUGACAAAGAAAACAUUCAAAGCACCUCAGCCACCGACUCUAUCAAUUUAUGUCCUGUUGAUGGAGAAGUGUUGGUUACUAGUGCUGUUUCAGCUACCGAUCUUAUAGGAACAGCUAAAACAGACCUGCCUUAUGUCCUGAAGAUAGAAUCCUUCCCUCACACCACCUGCUGGCCUCCCAGGUGUUUGUAUAUAAUGGUGCCAAGCUUUGCUGAGAAACAGAUGUGGGUAUCAGCUUUGGAGUCUGUGGUAAAAACAAAUGAAAAAGUUAAGGAUGAGGAACAUCUUGGGAGUAGUAUUUUACACUUGGAGGGUGAAAAUAGGUUGGACAUCAACUGUACUUGUCAGCUAAAUGAUAAUCUAAUAUUGGUUGGAGCCAUGGAGGGACUGUAUACUGUUGAUAUAUUGGCUGAACCAAGCCAUUCACUGCAGACAAAAAUAGAUGGUGUUCCUAGUGUGUACCAAGUUGCUGUCUUGGAAAAGUUGAAUGUAGUUCUUUUAAUAACAGGAGAGGAAAGGAAGUUAAAGAUGCUAGAAUUAACAACACUCAAUCGAUGGGUCAAGGGAGAUAAAAUGACAGUUAAUGAGGAAAUGACUGCUCUUCAGCCAGUAUCUGAGAUUGAGGCCUGCCACCUAUUUGGAAUCUCUGAAGAUGCUAACUCAGUCUGUGCUGCAACAUCCAAUACAGUGUUCCUACUUAAAUGGAAUAUUGGUCUGCAUACUUUUUGUUUGCGUAAGGAGAUAAAAACUGCUGAACCUUGUAGUUGUAUCCACUUUACUACAAAUAGUGUCAUUUUUGGAGCUGAUAAGUUCUUUGAGCUGGACCUUAAAGACCACAGUGUGGAAGAGUUCCUAGAUGUCUCAGACACAAGCCUUGCUUUUCUAGCCUAUGGGGCCUCGCAACUUCGCAGUUUUCCAGUAUCUAUACUUCAAGUUGCAUCAGAAGAAUACUUACUUUGUUUCCAUGAACUUGGUGUGUUUGUAGACUCUUUUGGCAAGAGGUCUAGGAAAGAAGAUAUGAAGUGGACAAGACUACCCUUGGCCUUUGCUUAUCGAGCACCAUACUUGUUUGUGAUUCACUUCAAUUCUGUAGAGGUUGUGGAGAUCCGACCCCAGCAGAGUACUGAAAUGGGUGCUCACACCUUCUUAGAAGUGGCCAACCCUCGAUACUUGGGUCCUGCCAUGUUCAUUGGGUCUGUGUACAUUAGUUCCUCUCACGACAACCAGAUGGAAAUUUUGUGUGUUCAGGGAAAGCUUACUGCUAUCAGUCAGCAAGAUGUCACAGUUACAGUGGACAGAAAUCCCAGCAGUGUCAGCAGCAGUAGUGAAGAAUCUGAUGGUACAGAAUUUUCUUUCACCCCAUCUGUAAUACAAUCUCUGGAUGCCGAUCUUUCUGAACUUUCAGAAGUAUCAUCCUCUGCAUCUCUGCCUUAAUAAGCUAAUAUUUGUGACCGAUUGCACUGUUGUUUAUUAAAAAUGAUGGAAGCUGUAAUCUGUAACUUUUGUGAUAAUUUUAUGUAUUUUGAAAUUAUCAAUCUAAGACUAUUUAUCUCUAGUAUUUAGUCUGAUUUUGUCUAUAGUGUAUCUUGUAUACUUUUUAACUUUGUUGUUUUAUGUGAAAAGAGUUUAUAGAACUUACUGCCAUCAUUCAGAAGAGAUUGGAGUUCUGAUUAUCUUAUAUAGCUAAUUUUAACUUUCUCAAACAAAGAUCUAUAAAAUUGAAAUGCUUAGUGACUUCAGUACAUAACUAAUUGUAAACUAUAUCUGUGAAAUAGUACCUUAUUUUCACCUACUUUUGUUAUUGCACUAGUAACAAUGCAAUAGUGACUUCAGUACAUAACUAAUUGUAAAAUAUAUCUUUGAAGUAGUGCCUUAUUUUCGCCUACUUUUGUUUUUGCACUAAUAACAAUACAACAGUCAUUAACAAGUGCCUGCUUAUUAUGUGUUUUUAUAUGUAAGUAAAAUUGUGUGGAGAUGUAUCUCUGCAUAAACUGUAGUGUUUGUGAUGCUGCUUUUUUAUUUACAUAAUAAAACUUUAUGUUCUGGUGAAUUAGUCCAUCAAGAAUGUUCAUUUUUCAUUUCAGUAUUUUUUUUAAAGAUACCUACAUGAAAUGUUAUCUCAAGUUGAAAAAAUUUUACUCAUUUUCUCUAGAUUAGAAUUUCUACUAUAAUUUUCAU